AUGAAGCCCCUGGGCUACAAUAACCAACGCUCUUGCCAUCCAUACGCAUUCAGGAGUAAGCAACUGGUUCAAGUGCACACUGCAGGCUCAGCUGGGCCGUGUGCGAAGCUCGAGCACGACCGAGACACGUGGUCGUAUCGAAUCUCGUAA